AGAACUGACGGGGGCAGAAAUCAUGGAGCAAACGGGGGCAGCUAUGAUGGGCAGGAGGAUCGAACUGGAGUGUCGGGGAAACAACCCCCAAACGGU